AGCUGCAGUUGGAGGAAACUGAAUGAAAAGGAAGAGUUAAACAGAUCUCUGCAGCUUAAAUGUGAGGACCUCCAUCUAGAGGCACAAAGGCAGCUUGAGCAGAACCAUCAUCUGAAAGAGGAAGCAUUAAAACAGUACUGCUUUCAGAUCCAGGAGACCAAACUAAAGCACAGAAAGAUUCGGAUGAAGGUUGAGAAUCGGCUUCAUCAAUUAAUGGAGCAGCAUAAAAACCUUUUCACCAUCUUUACUCCACAAAGACUUCCAGCAGAAAUACGGUCAGCAGAGUACACCACUGAGCAGCUGUUGAAGGCUGAACAACAGAAGCUGGAGCAGUUGACCAACCUUCUGGAUGGGUUAAGCCUCACCCAGAAUGAAGAGAUGCACAUGGACACAUUUGUAAAAGCACCAUAAAUAUCUCAAACUGCUUUUGCAAACUUGAGCUGAGUACCUAAUACCUUCAAAGAAAUAUGAAUUUUACAAAGAAGCAUCUUCUAUAUUCUUUUCCAUUCUGUUCCAUUGUUCUAAUUUAACUUUUUACCACCUGUAUUGUCAACAAAAUGCUUGUGAACAAAUUCUGUUUAAAUCCAAAAUCAAACCAUUCUGUACUAGACAAUGAAAGUUUCUUAAACCAUUUAUUUAGAAUUUAUAAGACACAAUAAAAAAAGUUUGUAAACAA